AUGGGACGAUGGUAUGACGAUAUGAUGGUAUGGUGCGAUGCUGUUGCUCUGCCAUGCAUCAGGGACAUGUACGGGUUCGCGGUGCAGCCACAGUACGUGGACGUCUACAAGGCCUACGUUCCCGUCUACCAUGCAUGCAUCCCGUCAUCCCUGUGCUUCUGUCCGUCGUCCCUCCCCUCCCGCUCCUCCCAAACUCCCACACCCACAGCACAACUUCCCGCACCCCUUAUUCCACUCACCACUCGCCAGGACGAGGAGACAGAGUGGUCGGAGCAGUGGUACUCGUUCCUCCGCGCGCGCGACCUUCCCUUCCACACCGUCCUUGUGCUUGUGCCCAUCAUCCCUGCGCCGACGCCUGCGCCUGCAGCAGAAGCGCCCUCUGGCGAAGGCGCGGAAGAGGGGGGCGGAGAGGGGAGGUUCCGCGCAGUGUUUAGGGAGGAGCUGUGGGCCGUUGAGCGCGUUCUGAGGGGUGCUGCUGAUGCACGCGCGGGGAACGCAGGGAGUUCGGGGGACGGGGGGAGGAGUGAAAGGGAUUCUGGAGGAGAGAGGAGAGGAAAGCGAAUAGGAGAGGGCAGCGGGGAGGGGAGCGGAGCAGGCAGUGGAGAGACGGGAGGAGAGGAGCUAGGAGGAGGAGGGGGAGAGGGAGAAGGAGGAGGAGGGGGAGGAGGCAAGGGAGGGGAAAGCGGAGCAGGCAAGGGAGUGGGUGGGAGUGUGGCGACAGAGGAGGCAUGGAGAGCGGAGCUGACGUCCCUAGUGAUGGGGGGCAUUCCCAUGAACAUGCGGGGCGAGGUGUGGCAGAUCUUUGUGGGGAGUGCAGGGAGGAGGCAGGCGGGCGUGUAUGAGGCGCUGCUGAGGGAUGCGGGCAGGGAGGAGGAGCACGGGCCCAACAGCAGCCUGGCGGAGAUCACUGCGCGGAUCCAUGAGAGGGACGCUGAGGUUGCAUGCACCGUGCAGAUUGAAAAGGUGUGCUGUGCGGUUCGAGUAGGACCUGCCUCGCACGUUCCCCGGGCACCCUGCGCUGGACACCAAGGGGACCUGCCGCGCACCUUCCCCGGGCACCCUGCGCUGGACGCCAAGGGGCGGGACGCGCUGAGGCGGCUGCUGGUGGCGUAUUCGCGGCGCAACCGCGCUCUGGGGUACUGCCAGGGCAUGAACUUCCUCGCCGGGCUGCUGCUGCUGCUCAUGCCUGAAAAGAACGCUUUCUGGACGCUGACGGCGAUAGUGGACGAGUUGUUUCGAGGGUACUACUCCGAUGAGAUGGUUGAAGCUCAGGUGGACCAGCUGGUCUUUGAGGACCUUGUUCGCCAAAACUUCCCCAGACUCGCGGAGCACAUGGAUACAAUGGGAGUGCAGAUCUCAUGGAUCACAGGGCCAUGGUUCCUCUCUGUCUUUGUCAACGUGCUGCCCUGGGAGAGUGUGCUGCGGGUGUGGGACGUCAUCCUCUACGAGCGCAAUCGCAGCAUGCUCUUCCGCACAUGCCUCGCUCUCCUCGACAUGCACUCCACGCUGCUGCUUUCGAUGCAGGAGACGGGGGACAUGAUGUCAGCCCUACAGUCCAUGGCAGCAUCCACCUUCGACAGCACGCAGCUCGUGCUGUCUGCGUGUGUGGGCUACAUGGACGUCAACGAAGCCAUGCUCGAGGACCUGCGCACGAAGCACCGGCCAACCAUAAUGCACCGCGUGGACGAGCGCAGGGAGGUGCUCAAGCGCUGCCGCAACACACGCACCGCCAAGAUCCACGCGGAGGCCCUGGCCGUUCUGCAGAGGCUCGCACCGCACAGCACCGCGCUCGGCUCCCCUCUCGGCCCGUCCUCCUCCCACGCCUCCCCGCUGUCUAUCCCUUCAUCGUUUGACGACUCAGUGCUGCCCUCCCCCUCGCCUGCUGCUAGAAUGGGGCGAUUGCGGGCCUUUGGGGAUGAAGGGGAGAGGAGAAAGGAGAAGAGGGAGAAGAAGGGGAGGAAGGAGGGAAGAGCAGGAGGCAAGGAGGAAGGGAGAAGGGCAGGGGGAGGCGCAGGGGGGAGGGUAAGCAGUGCUGGUACUGAGAGUGCUACUAACGAGAACGGAGAUGUUGACACUAGUGUGAGGCGAGCCGGAGGAGGAGCAGGGAGAGGGGUGGGUGAGUCUGUGGGAGGUGGGACGGCAGCGGCUGUUGCUGCAGCAGCACUGGCGUCGGUGUCAGAAGGGAGAGAGACGGAUGGAAGAAACGCGUCUGUGUCUUCCACUGCUGCUGCUGCAGCUGCUGCUGCAGCUGCUGCUGCUGCUUCUGCUACUGCUGGUACCUCUGAAACGGCUGCCAGCAGUUACCAGCAGCGGAUGAAGCGGUCUCCUGAGCUGCUGCUGCGAAGCGGGUCCUUUGCCCCUGGCAGCAGCAGCAGCAGCCGCAUGAACCCGGUUCCAUCCCUUGCGCUGGAUGCGAGAGAUGAGAGCUCGAAUGCUGCCGCCACCGCCCCUGCAGAUUCUGCUGAAGCUCCCACCACCACUGCUGCUAGUGUCGCUGCUGCUGUCAGUGCUGUGAGUGCAAGCAGCUCUGCCACCACACGCAGCAAGAGCAAGAGCAAGAGUAAGAGUAAGGGGUCGUCCCAGAUAGAGUCAGAUCUCUCCCCCACCUUCUCGCCCCCCUCCUCCCCCUCCUCCCCCCCUUCAUCCGACUUCUCCCCCCCGUCCCCCGGUUCUCCCUCAGUUGCUUUGGAGGGGGAUGGGUUGUUUCAGGACGGUGAGGGUACAGGGAAGGAGAAAGGGAGGAGGGAUGAGAGGAGUGGUGGGAAGGACAAGGGAGAGAAGGAGCGGGAGGGCAAGAGGGAGAAGGUGCGGGAGAAGAGGCGAGAGGGGGAGGGGAGCAGGAAGGAGAAGGGGAGAGCGAAGGAGGAAAUGGGUGGUGAUUUGAAGGGAGGUCGCGGUGCUGGCGGUUUGGCGGCAGGCCAUGCUGCUCCAAUUCGGGAGUCCAGAAGUGUUGCUGCUUCUCACAGUGGCUCUGGUGCUGGCGCGGGUGCUGGUGGCAAUGCUGGUGUUGGUGGUGGUGGCAGCGGUGGUGGAGACGCAAGGGUGCAUGGGAGGAUAGGCAGGACGAGCAGUGCGGAUGUGUGGAGAGUGGCAGAGAGGGGUGCUGGUGGUGGUGGGAGAGGAGGAGGGGGUGGAGAGGAGCAGGAGGAACGGAGGGAUGGGGAGGGGUUGGGAGGGGUGGAGGGGGGGAAGGGGGGUGCGGAGAGCAGAGGAGGGCGGCAUGUGCGGGUUGAAGUGGCGACGGAGUUGCAAGCACAGGUGGCGUGGCUGAAGGAGCAGCUGGUGUUUGCAUUGGAGGCGAGAGAUGAAGCCAUUCUCAGAGCCGAGGCACUACAGGCAGCCAUGGUGGAGAUGGGGCAGUCCACCACCAACCAGGCCCUCGCUGCUAAGAUUGACGAGCUGGAGAAUGCACUGAUUGUGGCUCGGAAACAGAUAGAGGCGCACAGGAGGGAGAUCGCGCAGCAGCAAAGGGCAAUGGAGGCCCAACAGGAGGCGUCUACACGUUUGCUUCUGGAACAACAAGAGGAAGCAGCGCGAGCACUGGUGGAGGCAGUGAGGGGGAAGGAUGCGGAGAUGGAGAGGGAGGUGGGGGCGCUGCUGGGCGCGCUGAGGGGCAAGGAGGAGCGCAUGCGGGGCGAGAUUGAGGAGUUGCAGGACAAGGUGGAGGAGAGAGACGCGGAGAUUGGGCGGCUUGCCAGGAGGUUGGAGCGGGCAGCCAAGGAUAUGGAGGACAUUAUAGCGGCCAACGCGCAGCAGGUGGAGACUCAGAAGAACGUCAUUGAGAUGCUCGCGGAGAGCAGUCGGGACGCGAGGCAGAAGCUGGCAGCCAUGGAAGAGAGGGCGGUGGCGGCAGAGAGAAUGGUGGAAACCUUCAUGGAAGCUUCCUCCCUGGAGGAGGUCCAAUCGAUGGUGGAUGACAUGCCAGCUGUCUCUCCCGGAUCUCUUGACACGUCACCUUCUGUCUUCGCUGACGUCAGCAUGAGAAGCUGCCAGACCAGCGUGACUAGCAGCAGUGUUGCCACGUCAGACGCUGAGCUGGAGAGAAUGACAGCGGCGGCACUUGCGAUUGGGAGCGGUAACAGAGAGCCCGAUCCACCUGAUGGCGCGAGAAACGGCCUCUCUGUGCUGGGCGUUUCACCACGCCUUAGCGAGAACUACGCCGUGCCCAUCGCUCAGCCGCCGCCUCGUGAGCCGUCACCUGAAUGUGUGGUAGGAACGGUUUAUCCGUUCGAGCCGCCAGACUCACCCACGGCGUGGGAGCCACAUCCUGGCAUAGAUUUGGUUCCCGGAGGAGGCGAGGGCUCGUCAAAGCCGCCAACUGCUUCGCCUUCGACGGUCAGCACCGCGCCCGUCAAGCGACCGCGUGUGGGAGUUACGUACAAGCAGCAGACGCUGUGGGGCGCCCCUCCUCCGAAAAACGCUACUUUACACAAGCGCCCUGCUCCUUCGGCCGACCCGACGCCACCCACCGCUCUGGCGGAUGCUGAGUAUGAGUCGGUGAAGAAGACGUUUGAGGGUCAGUGGGCAGGUAGCUUCAAGUGGUUACGUUUGCUCCGCAUGUCUAACGGCCGUCCGUCUUUGAAGUGUGCGAUUUGUGUAAAGCAUGGAGAUCCACUGGCGCACACCGCGUACGGGGCGAAGGGCGAAGGUGCUCGGGACCUCCAGAUCGGCAGCAUCCGCGCUCACACCUCCUCCCGUGCACACAAGGAGUCGUUGGAGAAUCAGGAGAAGGCGGAAGCGGAGAAGGCGAAGCAGGCCUCAAUCACACGAUGGCAGGCUACAGACGCUUCCACACGGCACAUCAUUCGGCUCCUCCACAUCGCGCACUUUGUCUGUAAGGCCGAUGCACCCAUAGCGAUGUUCGUCCCGCUGUGUUGGUUUCUGGCGAAGGAGGGGUUACCAGACCUGCCUCCCGCUGGCGGCUACGGCGCGUACUACACAGAGGAGGCACUCGCUGCCAGUGAUGCUGCAGAAGAGGUACCUGACCUGCUAAUGAUCGACGACGUCGUGCGCGCCUUCGCUGACCACAUCGGCCGCAGCAGCGUAGACUACGCGAAGUUUCAAGAGAUGCAGCGGAUUUUCUGCCAGACGAAUCUCGAGGCGCAGGGGAUUAGCGACACACGAUGGCUCGCCCGCGGUGAAGCGGUACAGCGCCUGCUAGACGUGCUCCCUGCGGCCAUUGUGGUGAUGAAGGAUUACAAGGCGGAUCUGUAUGAGGUGGUGACCUCGUUCAAGUUCCACUGGCUCAUCCGCUUUCUUGCGGAUGUGCUUUGGGAACUGAACAGCCUUAACCUGCGAUUCCAGCAGCGCCAGGUGGACGUCACCCUUGUUGCGCACAUCGUGCAGCAGACAAGGAUGCGUUUGAAGACGCGGUAUUCCCUCCGCGACCCUGCACACCAUUUCGGCAGCGGCGAGAAAAUGCAGCUUCCCGAGUUCAUUCAGAGGCACGGGGCAAAGGACAAGCGCGAGAUGAAGGCGGAAGGCGUAGACGGGGAAGGGAAUCCCGUCACGUUUGAGUUCACGCUGCACGAGCGCCCGCUGCCUGGACACGAGACGGAAGGCGAUGUCACGGCGUGCGUCGAGCUGUCGAUCAAGUACGUGCGCGCCAUUGACAAGGAGCUGGAGUGGCGGAUGCGCGACCUGGAGCUCCUGGAAGGCUCGAAGCUGUUUCGCACAGCCUCGUACGCGUCCGACGACACGAAGCGACUGGAAACCUUCAAGAAGUGGCUCGGCCAACUGCACAAGUUAUACCACCACAAGCUGCCUAGUAAGCCUUCUGUAGCGCUUGCACAUGUUAUGAUGUUUGUUGUCACUUUCAUGCCUGACAUGAGGACCUCUCUCGUCACUCUCACUCUACGUCUGCGCGCCACCACCGCCGCCGCCCCGGCAAUCGCUGCCAUGGGCUUCUCAAUCUGCGCCCGUCGCGUCGCUCUCUGCUGCCUCUUUCUCGUCGUCGCCGCGCCGUGUCUGCUGACGUCAGCGCAGUUCCCCAUCCCCUCGCAGUACGACGGCUUGAUCUACGGUGCUGACGUCAGCGAGCGGCAGCCGGUGCUUCUGGAGGCGUUCCUGGAUCUGACGUGUCCGUCCUGCCAGAGCGCGUGGCCCGUGUUGCGCCACGUGGCGAAGUUCUACGGGACGAAGCAGCUCCGAUUCGUCGUUCAUCUUUUCUCCAACGCUUUCCACCACAACUCCUACUUCGCCUCGCAGGCCACCAAUGCCGUCGCAGCCAUCAACGGCUCGCUCGCGUUCGAUUGGAUCGACGCCGUCUUCGACGAGCAGGACGACCUGUCGCUGAGCGCCACGUGGCAGAAGACGCCCGAGCAGGUCGCGGCGCAGCUGGCGCGGCUCGCGUCGGAGCGCCUCGGGAUUGACGAGGAGAGAUUCAAGGGGGCGUUUUUGGACGCGGAGGUUGAAUGGCGCACUCGACUCGCGUUCAAGUACGGGUGCUCGAGGGCAGUGGUGGGAACGCCAACUUACCUGGUGAACGGAGUGGCGGUGCCAAUGGCUGCAGCUGAGUGGACCAUCUACGACUGGCGCGCCCUCCUUGACCCCCUCGUGGCCCCAUCCGUCCUGGAUUCGCACUCUCGCUCCCCUCGGAAGCUGGCGCUCCAGUGA